UUGCAGGCUGCAACACUUGUCUGUUGCAGCAAAUGUAUCAAUGUAUGGAUACAGAAUCAUAAAUCUAAAUCACAAAUUCAUUACCAAAAAAAAAAAAAGAAAAAAACCAGAUGAUCCUAGAUCUUUUAUCAAUAACCCACAGAAAAUAUAUAAACCAAUUUUUUUUAAUGUCAAAAAGGAAUUUCAUGAUUCAUGGGGUUUCAUAUUGUUUCAAUUUAUUUUAGUGUCUAAACUCAAAACAAGACUCAGCCAUAUGACACCCCGAAAUACAAAUGCGUUACGGUCCAGUAAGCAUAGACAUAUCUGUAUGAGUCUCAUCAGAUACCCAUGUACAUUUCACUCCUCUCAAUCUUUGCUUCCCAAACAGAAACCCUCUGAAAAUAAAACCUAAACCAAAACCAAAAAAAAAAAACAAAAAAUCCAAUAAUCUGGAGUAUUUCAUAAACCAAUCAAGCAAGCAUCUUCACCAAAUCACUGUAUUCCACCGUUUUCUCUCUCCUCCCCUUCACACUUCACAAUUCCCACUUUCUCUCUCUAUCUCGGGAAUAACAAUGGAAGGGGUUUUGGAGGAGCCUUUACCACCGGACGAUCUACGAUGCAAGAGAACCGACGGUCGUGAUUGGCGCUGCAAACGCCCUGUUGUUGACGGCAAAUCCUUCUGCCUCUCUCACAUCUACCGCGGCCAAAAGCAACGCAAUCCCUCUUCUACUCCCAACCCUAAUCCCAAACCCAAACCCGAACCCAAACCCAAACCUCGGAUUCGGAUCCGCCUUCCUGUCAAACCCGAACCCAUUGACGACGUCGUUUUCAGCCCACCGCCGCUUAACCAAGCUCCCCCGCCGGAAUUUGACCCGGUUCCUCCGCCGCCGGUGGUGGGUCCGGUGCCGGUGACGGUACCGGACCAUUUACGGUGUCAUAGGAAUGAUGGGCGGAGUUGGCGGUGUAAGAAGCAGGUUUUGGAAGGGCAAACUCUUUGUGAGAUUCACUUUAAUAAGGCCAAGGCCCAAAAUCAGAGACGGCCCAUAAUGCGGAGGAAGAAGAAGGAGGAGGGGAGAAAAGAUGGGCCUGGCCCGAUGCCGGAGGUGAGAGAAAAUGGGCUUGGGGUUGGGCCGGUGCCGGAGGUGAAUGUUAGGUGUGGGAAAAAACAGGGGAAUUCUAAGGGGAAGGGGAACGCAGGUGGGGUUGUGGUGGCAAUGGCGGUGCCGGAGAGUUUACGGUGUGCUCGAAACGAUGGCCGAGAUUGGCGGUGUAAGAGUAAGGUGGUGGAAGGGCAGGAUUUCUGUGAGGCGCAUUUUAGUAAAAUUAAAUUAAAGGAUUUGGUUGAGGAGGAGAAGAGUAAGAAGGGUAAUAAGAGGAAGAAGAAAGCUAAGGGUGGUGAUGAUUUGGAGCAAGGGGCGGUACCGGUGGCAAAUAAGGAGGUGGUGAUCAAAGUGGAGAGGGAGGAUGAUUUGGGGGUGGGAAUGGAGGUGGAGAAAGGGAAUGUGGUUAGUGAGAAGGUGGUGGUGGAGAAAGAGAAUUCGAAACGAGUCGUGGAGGAGGAGGAGUUGAGGUGUAAGCGGACCGAUGGGCGAGGAUGGCGGUGUAAGAGGAGGGUAUUGGAGGGGAAGACAUUGUGUGAGAUACAUUAUGAGCAAGGGAGGUUGAGGCAGAUGAGAAUUACAGUUCCUGAAGAAUUGAAGCUUCAGAGGGGUGAUGGAGGGGAGAAAAUUGAGAAGAAAUUGAAGAGGAAAAGGGAAUUGGAAACGCUGGAGAAUAAUUCCGAUAAAGGGAUGAAGCGAAUGAAGGCUGAAUUGAUUAGGGUGUUCUUGAGAAGGGAGAUUCUUGAGAGUAAGAAGAAGAGUGAAAAACGUCCUGAGGAGUCAGGGGAAGUUACUAGGGACUUGCCUUAUGGGUUAAUGGCAAUCCCUCCUGCUCCCAAUACUCAGUUACUUGACAAUGCUGGCUCUCUGGGGAUCAAAAUCGGUGCACAUUGUUCGAAUUCUUUGGUUAACAGGCGUUUUCGGUCUAAGAACAUUGAGCCCCCUCCAAUAAGCUCUUUGAAGGUUGUGCCUUAUCCUGGGAAUGUUGAGAAAGUAAGGAAUAAUGGAAGGAAGAAAUGCCAUUGGUGUCGGAAGUUUGAUAAUUUGUGUUUAAUCAAGUGUUCAAGCUGUAAGAAGCGAUUUUUUUGUUCUAAUUGCAUUAAAGAGAGAUCUGCUGACACUGAAGAGGUUAAAUCGAGAUGCCCAGUUUGUCGUGGAAGCUGCGAUUGUAAGGCCUGUAGCUCUUCUAAAUCAAAAGAUACGGGUGGCAAGGUAGUUAUGAAGGUGAAAUGCAAGCGAAGCAAAUUUCAACACUUGCAGUAUUUGAUAAAUUUCCUUCUUCCUAUUCUUGUACAAAUCAAUGAGGAGCAGAGUGCUGAAGUGGAGAUGGAGGCGAAGGUCAAAGGGCAGAAUCCCUCUGAUGUUGAGAUUCGACAAGCUGACGUUGGCUGCAGGGAUCAGUGCUGCUGCAAUAACUGCAAAAGCCCAAUAUUGGAUAUCCACAGAAGCUGCCCGAAUUGCUCAUACAACCUUUGCUUCAGUUGCUGUCGAGAAUACUCUCAGGGUGGAUCUCUUAAGGGCACAUACCCUAACAGAGCAGAAACACUUUCUCCUUGUUUGAAGAAGUGCUCAGAUAAUGUAGCAGACCUUGCUGCUUCUGGCCCUAUACUGGACUCAACAUCUUCUGUCCAUAUAUCAUGUCCACCUAUGGAGCUUGGUGGUUGUGAUAAUAGCCUCCUUGACUUGAGAUGUAUAUUCCCAUUAAAUUGGACCAAGGAACUGGAAAUUAGUGCAAAAGAAACAGCUUCUGAACAUGACUCUCUACAUACAAAUGGUGUUGUGCAUUGUUCAUCGUGUGUCAGCAUCUCUCAGGGAGGCGAUAAAAGUAAAGAAUUGGCAGCUUCUAGCCGGAAAGAGUCUGAUGACAACCUCCUUUACUGCCCUAGUAUGUCUGAUGAUCAUGACUGUCUGCUUUCUCACUUCCAGAAACGUUGGCGAAAAGGACAUCCUAUAAAGAUCCGUAAUGUGCUUCAGUGUGUAUGGGGCUUGAGUUGGGACCCACUAGCUAUGUUUUGUGGUUAUCUAGAAAAUGGCCUUAGUAAUUGUAAAAACUUGAAAGGUCGUAGUGAAGCUACGAAUUGCUCAGACUCAUAUGAUGUUGAAAUUGGUACGAGGGAGUCAUUCACCGGAUCCGUAGAGGAAGGAUAUAUGCACAAACACCGUGAAACACUUGCAGUGAAGGCAAAGAUUUCCUCAGAUUUUUCCCGGAAACUCUUAGAAGGAUAUUAUAGUGAGAUUAUUCGUGCCCUACCUCUUCAAGAGUACACAAACCCUGGAAUGGGACUUCUGAAUAUUGCUGGGAAACUGCCAGAGGAUUUUCCAGAUUCUAAACUAGGUCCACAUGUAUGCAUCUCAUGUGGGAGCAGGGAGGAAGUUGCGCGGGGCGAAUUGUUGACUAAGCUGUGUUGUAACUCUUAUGAUCUGGUGAACAUCCUAGUACAUGUGGGUGACGCACCAUGUUCCUCAGAGCAGUUCAAUAAGAUUAAGAAGCUAAUAAAACGAAAUAGUAACACGAAGGAUAAAGGUAGUCAGGCUUCUGAUAAAGAUCUGGAUAAUGAGACCAGAGUAAUGCAUAGUGAGAUUUCAGUUGAAGCAGGAGAGUUGCAUAGAGUAGCUGGUGCUUCUUGUUGCUCAGCAGCUACAAAUGGUGCUUCUGCUGUCAAACAUCUCCCGAAUAAUAAAUCUUCGCCUGCAAAGUUAGUUAACAGUUCUGAUACUGAUUCUGAUGCUUCAAUGAUUUGCUCCAGGACGAGUCAAAGUCCUGAAAAAGCAGUAGAUCAGAUACCUCAGUUGGAUAGUUUGGGGGAUCUCAAUUUGACAGAUAAAAGUCCCCCUCCAGGGCCUUCUGGGGCCCAGUGGGAUGUCUUCCGCCGACAAGACAUCCCAAAGCUCCUAGAAUACAUUACAAAGCAUGUGGAUGAAUUGAGGUUCAGCUAUGGCGUUUCAGAUAAUGUAGUUCAUCCAAUUUUUGAUGGAAGUUUCUAUCUUGAUGCAGAUCAUAAAAUGCAGCUCAAAGAGGAGUUUGAGAUUGAACCUUGGUCCUUCAAUCAACGCCUUGGCGAAGCAGUGUUUAUUCCUGUCGGAUGUCCAUACCAAAUAAAAAACGUCAAGUCGUGUGUCAACAUCGCCAUGGGAUUUUUAUCACCUGAAAAUGCAUCAGAGUGCAUCAAGUUGAUCAAUGAAAUCCGUGUUCUUCCUAAUAAUCACAAGGCAAAACAAGGGAACUUAGAGGUGGAGAAAAUGACGAUAUGCAGUAUAGACGAAGCAAUAAAAGAAAUAUACAGAUUGCGGAGUGAAGAAGGAAGCCGUUGAUGUCAAUAUAUAAAUGAGGUAGAACUUAAAUGGGUGGUUUAGCAAGGAAUGUAGGUUGUUUUCUUUGUGUGUAUUUAGUAGUAGGUUUUGCUGUUUAGGCUAUUGAUCUAAUGAUAAAAAGAAGGGGAUCUUGUUAAUUGAGGUACUGUGCUCGGGGAGGGUGUUGUUGACCUGCUUGUUACAGCAGAUUCAAUUCAAAUUAUUGAGGUUGAUCUAGCAGGGUGUAUUAUUCUUCUUUUAGUAGUGUAAAUAAUUGCUAGGUGUUCAUUUUGGUGCUCAUUUGGGUACUUUUGUGCUCCUGGUUUUUUGUAGAUCCAUUGUAUCCAAGUUAUUCUCAUUAUUUUGGCUAUCAAGUAAAUUGAUGUCCAAAAUGUUUCUGUAUGAAAUUGCAACCAGUAGAUGAAGGGCAUUUUGAAUCGAGUUUUGGUAUGACUCUUUAACAUAAA